AUAUUGAUGAAUGUUCGUCUAAGCAACAUAACUGCCAGUUCAUGUGUGUGAACACCAUCGGAGGCUUCACCUGCAAGUGCCCCCCCGGCUUCACCCAGCACCAGACGGCCUGCAUCGACAACAAUGAGUGCUCUGCUCAGAACACGGCGUGUGGAACCAGAGCUGCCUGCGUCAACACGCCCGGCAGCUUCAACUGUGAAUGCUCUAAAGGUUUCUCCCUGGACGGCACCGGCGUGGAGUGUGAGGAUGUGGACGAGUGUGGCAGUAACCACCGCUGCCAGCACGGCUGUCAGAACAUGAUGGGAGGUUUCCGCUGCGGCUGUCCUCAGGGCUACGUGCAGCACUACCAGUGGAACCAGUGCGUGGAUGAGAACGAGUGUCAGGGAGCGUCGGUGUGUGGCUCCGCCUCCUGCUACAACACACUGGGCAGCUUUAAGUGUGUGUGUCCCUCCGGCUUUGACUUCGAGCAGGGUGGCAGCGGCUGCCAGGACGUGAACGAGUGCAGCGGCGGCAGCUCCAACCCCUGCAUGUACGGCUGCUCCAACACCGACGGAGGGUAUCAGUGCGGCUGCCCCGGGGGCUUCUACAGGGCCGGACAGGGGUGA